AGGAUCGAUCGUUGCAUCAGCCCGCACACAUGCGGCAGUGGUAAUUAGGCAAUUCCGCGACGUAAGUAAGGAAAAGCAAUGGCGAGAGAAUGCCACCCUGGGGUACGCCACUACUACAAUGAUAACGAUCUGAAAAGUCUUCUCCUACACGAACAGUCAUUCCCCUAUCAUCCAAUCUACUCCUGCAGGAUGGAAGGCAAUGUGUUCAACUUUCAGCAAAUUCAUCCUCUUUCCCCCAAAUGUCGGAGGAAAAAUCACCGAGACGAGAAAAAUCCCUUCAAAGGAAUCCCCUAUUUGAUCUUUAAACACAUCUACAAGGGGGAAUACGAUGACGUAGACCCGGAUAGGGACUAUCCGGUGAAGGGUCGCUUUGGAUGCUCUACCGCAGAUAACCAUCCAAACAUGGUGACGUGUGUCUACGCAGAGGCCAACAGCGAAGAGGAUGUAUGCCUGUAUCCGGAUAAGGAGCAGAGUGAUGGAAGAUAGAUGCCACCCACCUCCAAAAAUCAACACAGAUUCAACAGAAGCAGAUUUGUG